UGUUGCACUGUGCACUUGUUCAUUAUCUCUUUCUUCCCACCAUUGAGCUUCUCUCAUCUCCUUCCUCAUGAUCCCUUCAGGAAUAAUGAAGCCGCCCAGAGGAAAGCUGCCUCUACCCAUCAUUAUCAUCACAACAUGUGUUCUUGUCUUUGUAGCUAUCUUGUAUGCAGAGAGACUCAGCUUCCUUUCUUCCAAGUCUAUUUUCAAGUUCAAAACAUGUCCUAGAAAAAACACCAAUACCAACACCAAACCAAAGUCUAUCCCAGCAGGUGAUAAGAAGGUUGAUGAGGAGGUUGUAAAUGCAUCAUGGAUUGAUGACAGGUUUGAUUUUGACCCUGAAGAGUGCAAUGUUGCAAAUGGUAAAUGGGUGUUUAACCAUUCAAUAAAGCCGCUCUACUCUGACAUAAGCUGUCCAUAUAUAGAUAGACAAUUUUCUUGUGUCAAGAAUGGGAGAACAGAUUCUGACUACCGCCAUUGGGAGUGGCAGCCAGAAGAUUGUACCUUGCCACGUUUCAAUCCAGAACUGGCCCUCAAAAAGCUUCAAGGGAAAAGGUUGCUCUUUGUAGGGGAUUCGCUGCAAAGAAACCAGUGGGAAUCUUUUGUCUGCUUGGUAGAAUGGGUCAUACCACAAGAGCAGAAAUCUAUGCAACUUGGGAGAGUUCAUUCUGUCUUCAAAGCCAAGGAAUACAAUGCUACAGUAGAAUUCUAUUGGGCCCCAUAUCUUGUGGAGUCCAACACUGACAUCAAUAUCAUAGGAGAUACAAAGAAAAGGAUAAUAAAAGUGGAUGCUAUUGCUGAGAGAGCCAAAAACUGGACAGGAGUGGAUAUCCUUGUUUUCAACACCUAUGUAUGGUGGAUGAGUGGUGUAAGGAUUAAAGCACUAUGGGGUUCGUUUCGCAAUGGUGAAGAAGGGUAUGAAGAAUUUGACACCCCAAUUGCUUACAAGUUAGCUUUGAAGACAUGGGCCAACUGGAUCGACUCAACUAUCAAUCCAAACAAAACCCGGGUCUUUUUCACAACUAUGUCACCAACACACACAAGAAGUCAAGACUGGGGCAACAUGGAAGGUGUGAAAUGCUUCAAUGAGACAAAGCCAGUGAGGAAAAAGAAGCACUGGGGAACAGGUUCUGAUAAGGGCAUUAUGAGUGUGGUGGCCAAAGUGGUGAAGAAAAUGAAAGUUCCUGUGACUUUCAUCAACAUAACACAAAUAUCAGAGUACAGAAUUGAUGGACAUUCCUCAGUUUACACUGAAACUGGAGGGAAAUUGUUAACUGAAGAGGAAAGGGCUGAUCCACAAAAUGCAGAUUGCAUACACUGGUGUUUGCCUGGAGUUCCAGAUACAUGGAAUCAAAUAUUUUUUGCUAUGCUAUAACAAAUACCUUGCACAAAGAUCCAUGCCUUUUCUUUCCCUUUUUUUACUCUCUUCUGACAUGAAGAUGUCAAUUAUUUUGCUUGUGUACAUUCAUCUUGAAAUGCCAUUUGUGUGAUAUAAAAAUACACGCAUUGUAACUAUUGACACAUUAGACACCAUUGAUGCACCUAAAGGGUCACAUUGUACCUUGUCGCAUUGAUGCAUACAUAGUCAUUUUCCAAAGCCAAGUUCUGUUUUCACAAUGAGUGUCACUUGUGCAAGUGAUAUUAAGG